AUGCACAAGGUGGAAACCUUCGAUCCUUUGCCCCACGAAGACUUCGCCGACCUGGCGCGGCGCUUUGUGCCGCGCCAGGCCGUGGACGGCCAGGCGAUUGUCCGUCAAGGCUUUGAAGGGACAGAGCUGUACUUCAUUCAGAGGGGCACCGUUUCCAUCCGAAUGCGGGAGGGAGAUGAUGAAAAGGAACUGAUGAAAUUGCAGCAAGGCGCCCACUUUGGGGAGACCGCCCUGAUCGAGCAUGAGCCUCACGAGAGCUCGGUCUAUGCUGUGGGGGAGGUGUUGCUUUGGGGAUUGUCCAAGAACGAUUUCUACGAUUUUCGACUUCCCGAACGCUUGAAAUUGGACAUGAAGCGAGAACCGCAACGCAACGCACUGCAGAUCAUUUUCGGCAGGACUUCAGCCCGGAUUCGAAGUUUUUACCGGGUUUGUUUUACCUUGAUGAUCUAUUUCCUGGUGUGCGGCUUGAUCUUUCAUACCUUGGAAGGUUGGGGCUAUGCAGAUUGCAUGUACUUUGCCAUCAUCACUCUGAUGACGGUGGGCUAUGGUGACUUAGUUCCAAAAAACUGGUUUUCACGCUUGUUGUUGGUGCUGCUGAUUUUGGUUUCCUGGGUCCUCGUGGCACAUGCCGUGGGCGAGUUUCUGGACCGAAUGGUGCGGCUGGAGAUGAAGAACGAGAAGGCGCGCAAAAGUUUGCUGCUGCGCCGGCCUCGGCAUGAAGUCUUUGAUGAAGCCGGCCAGAGGAAGGAAUUCCGGGUUCAAAUGCUGAAAUGUUUUGGCCUCUUAUUGUUGUUGCUAACGUGCAGUUGCAUCGUGGCGCAGACAAUGGUACUGGAUGAACCCGAUUGGUACGACUGGACCGAGCCCUUGUACUUCAGCGUGGUGACUCUGGCGACCAUCGGCUAUGGGGAUGUAACUCCGAAAUCUGAGAGAUCGCGUUUGGCCAUCGGUUUCCUGGCGCUCUUCGGCGUGCCACUCUUUGGUAUGGUACUUGGCCGCAUUGUACAAAUUACCUAUGGCCAAGCUCGACUGCAAAGUUUGCCUCAGGUGAGUGGGGGAUUGAGCAACGAGACGUUCGAUCAGCUGAUUGAUUUUACCGACCAGAUGUGGCGGGCGAAUGCCUACAACUCCAAGCCACAGUCAAGUAGACGAGAGCAAAUCACUCCAUUUGAAUUCCUGUGUUUCAUGCUCACGAAGAACCAAUCUGUAUCACUGGAAGAAAUCCGAGUCAUUAUGAACAACUUUUCAGAGUUAGACAUCACUCAGAACGGUCUACUGGAGCAACCCGACGUGGACGAAUGGGUCUCCAGGGGCUCCAGGGCGCCGCCGGGCUUCCGCAACCAGCUGAACCGCAAGUUCCGCAAGAGUUCGCAGCUCAGCACCUUGGUGCUGGAAUUUUUGGGCCCCAUAUGGGGCUGA